AUGUUUGGGAAUCUUUUCGAGGAAGAGGAGGACGAAGACUUCUCUUCGUCCUCCUCAUUAAAAGGAAGAACGACAAAGGCAGCGGAGGAGCCACCUCCACCCCGAGGAAGAAGCAAUCUGUGCGGCAUCAAGAACCAGGGUGGGACGUGUUACCUGAACUCUCUGCUCCAGACCCUGCUCUUCACACCAGAAUUCAGAGAGGAGCUUUUCAGUUUGGGGCCAGAAGAAUUAGGAUGCCUGGAAGACAAAGACAAACCUGGGGCCAAGGUGAGAGUGAUCCCGCUGGAGCUCCAGAGACUGUUCGCUCGUCUGUUAUUGGUCGACCAGCAGAGCGCCUCCACGGCAGACCUCACGCACAGCUUUGGUUGGAACAGUAGUGAGGGAACAAAUCAGCACGAUGUGCAGGAGCUGAACAGGAUUCUGUUCAGUGCUUUAGAGCACUCCCUUGUGGGGACCACUGGUAGUGCAUUUAUUCAACAGCUCUACCACGGGACCAUUGUCAACAGCAUUGUCUGCAAGGAAUGUGGCAAUGUCAGUCAGAGACAGGAGGACUUCUUGGACCUGACUGUGUGUGUUUGUGGUCUGUCCAGCCUGGAGGAAGCUCUGUGGAACAUGUUUGUGGAGGAAGAGUUGUUUGAAGGCAACAACCUGUACCGCUGUGCACAGUGUGACACGCUGGUCACUGCUGCCAAGUCUGCCAAACUGAAGAAGCUCCCUCCGUUCAUGACGAUGUCUCUGCUGAGAUUCAGCUUUGAUUUUGCCAAAUGCGAGCGGUACAAAGAGACGGGACGCUACAGCUUCCCCUUCAGCAUCAACCUGCGACCCUUUUGUGAACAGACAGAUGGAGAGGACUCUGACUACUGCUACGAAUUAUCCUCUGUGAUCAUCCAUAAGGGCGGCUGUUACGGGGGUCAUUACCAUGUCUACAUCAGGGACAUUGACCAGAUGGGCAAUUGGGAGCCACCUGAGGAAGAAGACUGCAAACCUAGAAGUCAGAAAAAAGCCAAGGAUGAGGCCAAAGAUUUGUCUGAGCCAAAACUACAAGAAGACGACCCGCUGUCUGUCCUUACUGCCGUAAUUUCUCAGGAGCCAACGAAGAGCGUUCUGCUCGAUCAGCUCGGUCAGAAACUCAUGGAAAAGAUUGGUUUAUCCUGGAGCAAAAAGUUCCGAAAAGAACACGGGCCAAUAGGAAAGUUCCUGCAGUCCCACAAAGAAGUGUUCAUGUUGGUGUCAAAUGGAACCAGAGUUGCCCUGAGAGCAAACCUGCCAAGUCCAGUCUCCUCAGCCUCAGGAAAUGAGAUGACAGAGUCAGAUCCUUCAACAGUGUCAGACAUGGAAUCUGCCCAACAGCAGCAGCGAGGCACGGACCACAGGUUGAACACAGAACCAGAACCUGAACCUGAGCAGGGUAGCCACUGGUUUGACCUGAACGACUCCACAGUGACCUCCAUCAGACAGUCUGACAUAGAGAAGCAGUUCCAAGGCAAAGAAAGCGCCUACAUGCUGUUCUACAGGAAAACACAGCUGCACAGACCCACUGAAGCCUUGAAAAAUCCUCAGUAUAAAGUUCCUUCUCAUCUCGUGCAAGUGGCCCAGGAGGAGAACGCCAGAGUGCAAGAGUUACGUGAGAAGUUCGACGCCACCAAUAACACCGUGGAGCUGCGUUUGCACCUGGUUACCUCUUAUCGCCUGGAGAACGGAGCCCUGCAGCCAACACACAAAGACCAGAGUGGGAACACCAACCUCAGCUUUGACCGCAGGAAGACUGUGGGUGACCUGCGGUUAGCCAUUUACCAGAUGCAGGAGCUGUGGGAGGGAGACAUGGCUUUGACCGUGACCCGGAGUCUCCCAGCUGGUCUUCACCUCUACAACACUCUCACAGAUGACAGCGUCUCACUGUACAGUGCAGGAAUCCACACAAACACUGACCUAUUUGUGUGGAAUGGCAGAGAGGUGUGUGGGGAAACCGUCCUCUCUGGGGCGGAGUGGGAGCCAGUGCUGCUGACCGUGGUCCGACCCUUUUUGGAAGAAGAAGAAGAAGAGGAGGAGCAGGAGGUGGUGAAUGGUCUGGACUGUAGAGAAACAGGAGGUGCUUUUGAAAACGGAGGACCAGGACUGAAGAAGGAGGCCCGAGGUUUUUCCGGAGGGGUGACACUUGAAGAGGUGAAGGAGGCCCUGGGGGAGGCCAAGGACAGCCUGCUCUGCCAGGAGCAUAAGGGAGGAAAAAGAGCAGAGCAGGGAGCAGGAGAGGGAGGAGGUGCAAGUGGAUGGAGGGUGUUUCCUCCUGCUGACAUGCAGCGGACGCUGAAGGAGCUGUCGCUGAAGGAUGGAGACGCUCUGCUGGUGCUGGAGCCGCGGUCCUUGGACAGCAGUGUCUUCACCAGAGACGGUGAUGUCAUCACGGUGACCACACCGUCUGACUGCCGCUGGCUGCAGGUGGAGUUUCAGCCACAUGGGGGGGAGGAGGAGGAGGAGGAGGAGGAGGAGAGGGAUCCUGGGAAUGAGAGGAGGAGAGUCAAGGUUCCAGCAGCAGGGAACACGCUGCUGUGUGAGGUGAAGCUCAGAGCCGUGGAGGAGCUGCAGCUGCAGGAGGAGCUGCAGCUACAGGAGGAGCCUCCAGGUGUGGAGUACUGUCUGCGGCAGGUGGACUGCACUGGGAAACUCCUUUCUCCAGUGUGCGAGGAGCUGAGCGUUCGGGAUGCGGGGGUGCGACUCAUGACCACUCUGAUCCUCUGUCCGGGGAAUGCCCCCAGGUCAUCGCAGCUUUUCUUGCAUUUUAUUGUGGGAGCGGCGCCCUCUGCUGGCGUUGAGCUGGACAUCAUUGUGGAAAAGUCUUGUACUGUCAGAGAGUGUCUAAAGGUGAUGCUGGAUGCUGCUGGACUUGAGGGUUCCUGUUGGCAUUUGAGGAAACUGGAUUGGUGUGAAGAAGUCGGCGAACCACUCGUAGAUGAGGACAUGUCUUUGUCAGAGCUGAAGAUCAUCAGUGGUGAGACGUUGGUGGUCACAGAAGGAAAACUUCCUCCUAAGGGUUUCCUGACGUUGCCCACGUGGCUGUUUCUGGAGCCUCAUAUGAUGGAAACAGAACGUCCACAGGCUGACAGUGGACACGCAGAGGAACGUCUGCAGGUUUUAACAGAUCCUCAGUGUGGGGGGAACAUGGUGCAACUGAGGAACAUAGGACAGGUGGAGAUAUCAGAGGAGGCAACACUGGAGAAUCUCAAGACUCAGGUAUUGACACUUCCUGCUCUCCAGAGUGUGUGCAUCCCAACCACUGCGUUCAUGCGCAUCAGGCAGCUAGAGGGAGGGAGGUUAGGACAAAUCCUCAGAGGACAGCAGCAAACACUCAGGAAACUGAAGCUGAGCAGCGGCACGGCUCUCUGUGUGCAGCAGCUGCAGAAAGAGGAAGAUCUGGGGCCCAAAGAGUUGUUACUAACUGUGAAGAUGGGAGUACCAGGGGAGAGGAGUUACUACCCUCCAGAGGAGCUGGUGUGGGUCGCCUCCCAUGAUCCUUCACCUCGAUCUCUGUGCACAUUUCUGGCCGCACACUACGGCCUCUCACCUGACUCUCUGCUGUUGGCCAAACACCAGCCGGAAAAACACGUGUGGGAAGAAAUCUCCACCUGGAACCAGCAGAUUUCCAAGAAGAAGAAGAAGAAGAAAACUGAAUCUCUUCUUGGAGCACCGUUUCACAUUAAGGACGGGGAUAUAAUCGGUGUGAAGAACCUCUUGAUUGACAAAAACAGGGACUUCACCACCCAGGAGGAUGAGCAGGGUCAGCUGAGACUCAGGGAGCUGGUGGAGCAGCGCAGGAAAGGAGAAAACGCUGCAGGAUGUAACGGAGCCGGAUCACAGAAGAAGUCUAGGAAGCCAGAGGUGGCGCUGUCCAUUAACGUAGGGGUAUUUAGAUAGCACCUGACUCACAGGUGUGCAGGGACAAAUCACAACUACCUACAGUAUAUGAACCAGAACGUUCUCACAGACGCCACAGGACUGUUAGGACAAUCUAGUCUGGCAAUGUGCCAUUUUUCUUUAUCCAUUUUUUUCCAAACAAUUAAACAAACAUGAUUUUUCACUUUAGGCACAUGGACUUUGAAAAAAAAAAGCUUUAUUUCUAUGCAAUGUUAACUUUUUGUGUUUACUUGGUUGCAAUCAUGUCUUGAGUUUACUGGCCUAAAAGAGUACAAAAUGUGCGCGGUCUUCGAAUUGGGCCAAAUAGGACACGUCUGGUUCAGCUCACUUUGAAACCUGUGUGUGAAUCCACGAAGAGUCAAAUUAGAUCAUGUGUUAUUUUUAAUUAUUACGAAUUGCUGCACAAACAAGGUCUUUUGAGUAAAAGCGUGAGUUUAUAAUCUUAUAUUCUGGUAAAAACAAAAAAGUAUUAGACAGUUCAGCUGAUUCUACUUUGUUUUUGUUUCAUAUACCGUAUGAAAGCACGUGUAAACCUGACCCUGUCAAUCACAACAAAUCAUGGAACAAGAAAAUUAACUGCCGGUUGUAUUAUAAAGAAAUCAAUUUAUUAUAACUCUUUGCACAAAACCUACAACACUAGUACUAUCAUCAUCUCAUCCCAAACCCUGAACUAAAAUCUGUCCAAGAUCAACCUGCGAUUUAACUUUGGUUCAACAUCGAAAUCUUUGUACUUUGUCAAAGAACGUCGUUGGUUUUUACCAUUAGUCAACAAAUAAGUUGUUUUUUCUCAUGCUAAUUAUGCUAAGCUUUUUGAAUAUGAAUUAAAAUAUAAAAAUUAAUGAUGAACUUUCUGCCGUUCAAAGAUAAUCAUUUUAAUUUUGCGACGAAAUCAAUGUCAAUUUUUGUUUUGAUUGACUGUGGACUUUAACUUUAUGUAAACAGCUGAGAAGAGAGACUGGGCCUUAACAUGGAGGAGCAUCAGUGCUUCUCUGCUCUCCCUACCUCACUCUACCUCUCACUCUCCCUCUGCUGCCCUCACACGUGGUCUUUCCUCCCAAACUGAUGCCAUGUUUGAACUGUUUUGACUAUAAAUCUUUGGCUAUUUUAUAAGGGUGUCACAGGUGUCUGCAGGGUAAAGGUCUAUAUUUGCCUUAUUAAUUCUGACAUAUUCUUUAUUCAAGAGGGGAAAAAUACUAUCUAUUGUCACGGUAGAUAUGAUGCAUCUAGGUAAACCUGGGAACAAAACUCUUCAAAGCAAAAUAUUAUUUCAUAAAACCAGUUAUUUUACUUGUUUUGUCAUCUGUAUUUAAGUCAAUCCCUCUUUUUCAUCUAGGAAUAGUUGAGAAUUUAAUUUGCAUGCAGGAAAAAGUCCAUGGACAUUGACUACAGGGAUGUAAUGAGUAGAAAAGUAACUAAAUAAAGAUUACUGUAAUUGUUUUUUUUUUAAGUUUUUUUUUUCAUUGAAAGCAAUUUUGUCAAGUGAG